AUGGAGCACCUCCAAUCCAACCUAGAUCAAAGCGGAGCAACAGACAGGAAAUGGGGAUGGAGCCUCUCCAAUCCAACCCUUCUAGGAGCCUCGGGCGGGAACAAGGCUGCGGGUCCCGGGGUCCAGACUGUCCUGGUUCUCUGGCCCGGGGUUGACAGACAGAGACACAUCCGGGCAGGAUGGUCCUCGCUUGUAGUCACUGGAGAAGGGGAGACGGCAAGCGAGCCUGGCAACCCGAAUCCCGCACGGCCCCGCACACGCCACGUCAGGCAGUACCUAGAUCGUAGCGUCGCUGGCCGCGGCACUCAGGAGGCGUCACCCAGGCUCCCAGCUUCCUCUGAGGCUGCAGAGCUGGCGAGCCAGGGGGAAUCACAGAGUCGCGACAGUCUGACCUACACGUCUCCGUCAACAUCUUCAGAGGUGUAUAAGAUAAAGUUUAUAUUUCCAAAUGGCGACAAAUAUGAUGGUGACUGCACAAGAACAUCGUCUGGGAUCUAUGAGAGGAAUGGGACAGGCAUCCACACUACGCCUAAUGGGAUUAUCUACACAGGAAGCUGGAAAGAUGACAAGAUGAAUGGCUUUGGAAGACUUGAGCAUUUUUCAGGAGCUGUGUAUGAAGGACAAUUUAAGAACAACAUGUUUCAUGGACUGGGGACUUACACAUUCCCAACUGGGGCAAAGUACACCGGGAAUUUCAAUGAAAAUAGGGUAGAAGGUGAGGGAGAGUACACUGAUAUUCAAGGCCUUCAGUGGAGUGGGACCUUCCACUUCACAGCUGCUCCCGGCCUGAGACUAAAGCUCUACAUGUAGACAUGCUGCAUUAAUGCCAAGAUGUGGCCAUUGCAACUUCCCUGCAGGCAAAGCAACUAACCCUUCAACUGAAAUGGCUUGUACCCCUCUGUAAGU